CUGCCCCGCUGGCUGAAGCCGCCCGCUCCUAUUGGAUACCUGAGACUAGCGGAGAGCAGAUGGUAGGAAGCCGGUGGCUGCUAGCCCGUGGCCAGCAGGAUGAAUGGUGCAGCAGGCUCGCUGUUUGAUACCAAGGAGCGGGUCCUGAAACUCGGAGAGAGCUUCGAGAAGCAGCCGCGCAGCGGGUUCCACACCAUCCGAUAUGACUUUAAGCCGGCGUCCAUCGAUACCUCCUGCGAAGGGGACCUGGAGGUUGGUAAAGGAGAACAGGUGACGAUCACGCUGCCAAACCUAGAGGGCUCCACCGCACCCGUCACGGUAUUUAAAGGCUCCAAGAGGCCGUAUCUAAGGGAAUGUAUCCUGAUCGUGAAUCACGAUACCGGGGAAUGUCGGCUGGAGAAGCUGAGCAGCAAUAUCAGCGUGAAGAAGACCAGGGCUGAAGGGAGCAGUAAGAUUCAGUCCCGUUUAGAGCAGCAGCAGCAGCAGAUGCGGAACGCUAAUAAAACCCCAACAAGCGGCAAAAACUCUUCGCCGCAGGAAAAGAUGUCCCCGCCGUCCCCCAUGGAUGACAUUGAGAGGGAGCUGAUGGCCGAAGCCAGCGUAAUCGACCAAAUGAGCAGCUCUGACAGCUCGUCGGAAUCCAAAAGUUCCUCCUCGUCCUCCAGCAGCGAGGACAGCUCCAGUGACUCGGAGGACGAAGGUCGCAAGUCUUCCCAGUCGGUGUCCAUGCCGCUGAUCCAGCAGAAUCACUCUACCUCCAGCUCCGAGAGCUUACACGCCAAGCCCCAGGACGGCGGGGGGCAGAUGAUGACCACACUCAGAAGCGACCUGCAGCUCAGCGAAUCCGGCAGCGACAGCGACGACUGAGACUCCAGCCGCCAGCGGCGCCUCGAUGUUGAAAUUAUUUUGUAGAAUAAUCCAGCGUCCGUUUUGCACUAAAAUUUCCACUUCUGAAUGACUGCAGCCAAUGGGGG